UAAGACGGGUCGCCGAGCUUUCAGGGAAUCCAGCUGUCACUCAACGAGCCCCGGUGUCAGACUGUAUGGCGGAAAUCCCGGUGCUGAUAAAUACGAGACCACGACCAAGCUGCAUGAAGGAGGACCUCCAGUGAUCAACAGAUCCAAAGAACUCCGCUGUUCACUCCUGCGAAGAAGAGGAGGCAAAUGAACGAGCCCAAAGACAAUACCGGAGACAACCGGCACAUGUGAGCAUCUGACAUAUUUUUUUUUUAGCAGAUUCAGUUUCAGUCACAGAGAAAUGAACAAACUAGCUGUCAGGAUUUGGAGGUAAUCAGUCGAUGUUAGUGUUACAGGAAGCGGAGAAGGUUCAUCUCGUGCCAAAAUGACCAGACUAUUGUCUAGCAUCGCUGUAACGGAACGGGCCCGCAGGAAUCUUGGCACCGGUUUUACGCAGCAGACAACAUAGUUUGAUCGACGUUUCAGCGACCGAAGGCAGAGCAGCGAGGCUGACAUGGACAAAGAAAGCUUCCACGUCUCUUAGUGAUGCUUUGAGAUCAAAAAUCAAAACACAUCAGUCAAGCACGCGGCUGGCUCCUGGAGCUGAUCCUUAACGGCGGGAUUCAAGUUUGGACCUCACCAAGUCCAACACGACCUUCCCAUCGCGAAACACAGGAUCAUCUUCCAUCUUAAAGCAUCUUCACAGACUCGCAGAGCGAAUGUGUGAUGUGGAGCCAGUACAGUAAGAGAGUCUGUGAGCAGGUGAGAGAGGGACACUGUCUGCCCCACUGUCCAGCGACACCAUGAGCUGGAGCUUCCUCACGCGGCUGCUGGAGGAGAUCCACAACCACUCCACCUUCGUGGGGAAGCUGUGGCUCACCGUGCUCAUCGUCUUCCGCAUCGUUCUUACCGCUGUCGGGGGAGAGUCCAUCUACUACGAUGAACAGAGCAAGUUUGUCUGCAACUCGGGCCAACCUGGCUGCGAGAAUGUCUGCUACGACGCCUUUGCCCCGCUAUCUCACGUUCGCUUCUGGGUCUUCCAGAUUAUCCUAGUGGCGAUGCCUUCUCUCAUGUACAUGGGCUACGCUGUCCAAAAGAUUGCACGAAUAGAUGAAUCCAAAGGAGGAGCUGGUGCUGCUGCGGUUAGAACAGCAGGAGGAGGAGGCUACACACACAGAAAGCCCCGGAAAAUCUGCUUUGGAGCUCGGCAGCACCGGGGUAUCGAGGAGACUGAGGAGGAUCAGGAGGAUGAUCCCAUGAUCUAUGAGGUGCCAGAGAUUGAGCCUCCCAAGAGACCGCGGGAUCCACUGCAACCCACACCCAGACCAAAAAUCCGGCAUGAUGGACGCAGGCGCAUCCAAGAUGAGGGUCUGAUGCGGGUCUAUGUUUUGCAGUUGGUGACUCGUACAGCGCUAGAAGCUGGCUUCCUUGCAGGCCAGUAUUUGCUGUAUGGGUUUCGAGUGAAGCCUGUGUUUGUGUGCUCGGGGAAACCUUGCCCCCACAGCGUUGACUGCUUUGUGUCGCGACCCACAGAGAAGACAAUCUUCCUGCGCAUUAUGUAUGGUGUCACUGUCCUCUGUCUCACACUCAAUGUUUGGGAGAUGCUUCAUUUAGGGAUCGGUUCCAUCUGUGACAUUCUUCGCCGUCGGCGCUGCCCUCCUCAGGAGGAUGAGUACCAGCUGGGCUUGUUGGGCACUAAUGGUGGUGUGGAGGGCUCAGUAGGGGGGCCGGGACCAGAGGCUGGAUCUGAGGGAGGUGUUGGAGGAGAUGGAGCUGCUGAUUACGUGGGAUACCCCUUCUCAUGGAACACCCCGUCGGCUCCUCCUGGCUACAACAUUGUGGUAAAGCCAGAGCAGAUGCCCUACACGGACCUAAGCAAUGCUAAGAUGGCGUGCAAGCAGAACCGCGCAAACAUUGCCCAAGAGGAACAGCAACAAUUUGGUAGCAAUGAGGAUAACUUUCCCACUGGAGGGGAGGCCCGGGUGGCUUUGAACAAAGACAUGAUCCAGCAAGCUCAUGAGCAACUGGAGGCGGCCAUCCAGGCCUACAGUCAGCAGCAUCGAGCAGAGGAGCAGCUCGGGGACAACCAAGAUGACAAGCCUCAAAGUAACAUUAUCCAGGCCCAACCUCAGCCGCAGCCUCAGCCUCAGAAAGAGCGCAAGCAUAGAUUUAAACAUGGGAAAGGAGGCAGCAGCGGAGGAGGAAGCAGCAGCAAUAGCAGCAGCAGCAAGUCAGGAGAGGGAAAGCCCUCUGUAUGGAUUUAAUCCUUGAAAAAGUGACAUUUAUUUAAACCAUGUAUAUUAGAGAUUGGAUGACGGGUUGUUGCAAUCUUCCUUGGAUUUUUAAACACCACAGUGUCUUAGAGUAUCAAUUUGUUACAUGCAAGCUGGAGAAGAUGUGUGUAAAAAAAAGAAGUUGUGUAAAAAAAAAAAAAAAAGUGAUAUCGCAGCUGACAAUUUGUGUUGUCUGGGCUAUCACUGUCUAACUUAAAACAUCACAUCAACACAAACUGAAAUAGGCGACAGUCUGUCCGUUUACAUUUCUCGUCCUCCGCGAGUCCAUGAGCAAAUUAUUGACCUCUGUUGUCUUCUCGUUGAUCCUUUCUUUGGGAUUUGACCUUUAAAGAAUUACUGAAUGAUAGUGAGUUUUGUUGCCAAUCAGAUUGAUUCCAGGUUUGGCUUAGCUCAUCUACUGGUUGUUCAUCUGCAAAGACAUUGCCUACGUCAAUACAUUGGCAUCCUGAUUCUUGGGACUUCAAAGUAAGAGGAAGUGUUGUUGUAACACAAAGGCUAAAGGUACAACUUCUUACUGUGAUAUUGCUAUAAAGGAGAGUCACGCCAACAUAAAUGCAAUAAAAUGAAACACAACUUAGUGGCAGCGCCUGAAGCAGUGACUUUUUAAUGAAGGGAUAAUGUCAGCUUCCUAAAGGCUGUGUCUUGUCAUGAUCUGUUUCCUCUUCAGUGUCCGUCACAGUUCUAUGUAACUGUGAUUUUGUAUUUGACAGUGUGUUUGUGUAUGUUUUCUAUGUUUUUAUAAGUAUGCAACAACAGCUUCGGUUCAGACAUCAAUGCAUACAGAGGGUGACUUUUUAAACAGUCUACAUCUGAAAAUUCCUGAUAGUUUUUUUUUUUUACAAGGUGCAUUAGCGAUGAAGUUUUUAUACCUUACUUUUCAACCUCUUUCUGGCUCUUCAUGGCUAUUGACUAAAGCGGCUCAGCACCCUGCUUGUGUCCCAUCUUCAUUGUAGUUGACUGCCCCCUGGUGGUACAUUUUACAGGGCUUCCUUUAAUUGGGAGUCGAUUCUGGUUGCUACUUGUUUCCAGCAACACUCUAACCAGCUGUAGUGUGUCUUUUCUAUUGACAGGCCUUGUGUGGGUUAAGUCUUCCCAGCACUACACCUUCAGUGUACAAUGCACAAGGCUGCGAUUACACCACGUUGUAACAGGAAAGCUUCAAAGCCAUUUCUAUAAUAACUCGAGACCAAACACUGUUUGUGCAAUGUGUCUGUGCCAAGAUCUUAUGCAGGGCUGCUGUGAAGCCUGCUUGUUUGUAGCUUUGGAAUACUGUGGCCAUGCUACUCCAGUUAUGGAAAAAAAAAUGCCUACAAGAGACCAACCCUUUUUUUAAAUCCACUUUUUUUGUAUUAAAUGUGUGUGUUGCUUUUUUGAAUUGGUUUUAAAAUAUCAAACUUGAAAUUUCAGUUCAUUUUUACGUUCAAACAAGUGUUUUAUAUGGAAACAUUUUUUUGUAAAAUAAAGGAAAAGUAAACAAGUUCUUUUUAAAAGUGACUUUGCUGUAUGGAUAAUUAUUCUAAGUGUUUUUAAUUGCCUUCCAAUUGUAAAAAAUGUGAAAUAUGACAAAGUAUAUUUUUAUAAUAUGUCGGAUAUAGUGACUGAAAUGAAAAAAAGCCAGACUUGUCCUUGUAUGUUACAGUAUCAGUAUUUAAUGUCUGUAUACCAACUGUUUGGGCUGUGUUUUUAAUAAACAGUUUUACUCCUUUCC